AUGUUUACUCUAAGUAUUUUUACCAAAAUUGCAUUCCCAUUAGUCUCCCUGGAACGUACUUGUUACAAUCGAUAUCGGACAAUAUUAAAAAUGAGUUCACUCAGUAGCGUGCCAAUCGUGGACAUAGAUCCUAAUGGAGUUUUUAAAUACAUUUUGUUAAAUGUCUUUGAAGAAGGCAAAAAUACACAAGAAGCUCAAAUAACUAUUGUUAGAGGUUAUAAAAGGUGUGACUACCACUCUGACAUCUAUGAAGAGGUCCAAGCUAAACUAGCCCCACUAGACUGCGAGCCCUUAGGCGGGGGAAGGAUUUCACAUGACCCAGAAAAUAAAAAAAUUCACAUUUACGGCUAUUCACAAGGAUACGGUAAAGCAGAUCACGAAAUAUCUGCAAAACUCGUAAAAGAAGCAUUUCCUGGUUACACCAUUUCCAUAAGUGAUGAAGGUUCUAUUAAUGAGAAAUUAAAGACAUGUUGCUGCGGUAAUAUUAACUCUCAGACUUAUUCGUAA